AUGCUCGUCCCAUUGACAAUCGCGGUGUUUCACGAUGAAGUGGAGAUCGAGGACUUCCAAUAUGACGAGGGCUCCGAGACGUACUUCUACCCCUGCCCCUGUGGGGAUAACUUCUGCAUCACCAAGGAAGAUUUGGAGAAUGGGGAAGACGUGGCAACGUGCCCUAGCUGCUCACUCAUUAUUAAAGUGAUUUAUGACAAAGAUCAGUUUACUCGUGGAGAGACAGUCCCAGCCCCUUCCACCAACAAAGAACUAGUUAAAUGCUAAAGAAGACUUCAGGACUUCAAAGCCUGAACUUUUGGGAAUGAGCCAAGGUGGAAGAAUCAAAUGCAGAGUCACUGGCUUCAU